GUCAGCGUGGGUGACAUUGGGGUUACUGCAGAACCGGCUUUGGCUCUUUUUUGGUUGUGUGAUGUGUUCCGCUGUCUCUCCGCUCCAGCUGCUCCGCUUGUAAAUCCAGCUUUUCUGUGUCUGAAGUUUGUGGUAAUCCAGGCGGAGAUGGCCGGCUUCUGCAGGUCCUUACUGCGCUCGGCAGGGUACCGCACGAUGGUGCGGCUGGUGUCUCCGAAGGUCGGCCGCGACGCAGACCGGGGCGCAGCCGCCGCGGCCGCGAUGCUCGGUCACUUAUGCGGCAGGGGUCCGCAGCCCAGCCGCCGCCCACUCGCUGCCUCCCUGGGGGAGCCCGUGUCCCUGCGUGCUUUCUCCACAGAGGCAGGCGUCCCUUUCAAUGAGGAGGAGUACCCUCCUUUACCGGAGUACAAUUCAAGCAGAGAGAGAAAGGAUAAGGAGGUCUUCAUAGUCUUUGCAAAAGGCCUGCCCUGGUCAUGCACGACCGAAGAUCUCCUCGUGUUUUUCUCAGACUGCAAGAUCCGUGAUGGGGUGAACGGCAUUCAUCUAAUGCAGAAAGAAAACGGGCAGCCCAGUGGUAAAGCGUUUAUUGAGAUGGAGCGCAAGGAAGACCUGCAGAAGGCGCUGAGGAAGCACAGACAUUAUCUUGGCCCACGUUACGUAGAAGUAAAAGAAGCAUCAGACAGUGACAUCGAAGGCCUACAGGCAUCCGCAGCUCAGCCCCCGGCCCAGGAUGGCGUGGUUAAACUCCAGGGCCUUCCGUACAGCUGUACUGUAGAGGAUGUCGCACAGUUCUUUUCAGGUCUGGACAUCGUUGAAAACGGCGUGACGUUUGUUCUGGACAAGAGAGGGAGAAGUUCAGGUGUCGCUUUUGUGGAAUUUGCGUCUCAGGAAAUGGCAGAUCUGGCUCUAAAGAGGGACCGAGAGAUUAUUGGGACCAGGUACAUAGAGGUGUUUCCUAGUCAGAAAAGUUCCAUCACAUCCUGCUCUGACAGCAGGAGGACAGAGUCUCCCGGCUUCCCAGCCGACAGGAGCGGCGAAUCGCCUCAUCAUCAUUCUCCUCCAAGCCGGACCAGUUCUGUGAAGGACCCAGCUUCCCUUCAGCACUGUGUCCAUAUGAGAGGUCUGCCCUUCCUGGCUACUGGCCAAGAUGUUGUCAAUUUCUUCUCGCCGCUGCAGCCGGCAAAGAUUUGCAUGGAGUACGGUGGUGACGGCCGGGCCAGCGGCGAGGCUGACGUCUACUUCGCGUGCCACGAGGACGCCGUGUCGGCCAUGUCCAGAGAUAAGGCCCGGAUGAAUGACCGGUACAUCGAGCUUUUCCUGAAUUCUGCUGCGAUACAGAGUAAGCAGGACUCUGUGGACACGACCUCAGAAAGCGACAGAAACAGCUGAAGGCCUCACAACAGCAGAUCCAGUGCCGCAGGGGGGGGGGGGGCCUUCACCCCCAAUUCGUGCAGAUUAUCGGCUGACGGACAGCUUGUUAAACCUCCCAUCUGCUGCUUUUGCUGUUUUAAGUCCAUGCAGCCCCAGGCUUGGUUUCAUGUCUGUACAUUUUAUGUAUUAAAAUAUUUUCUGACCACAAUGCUUGGUACCAAAUAAGCUGAAAUAUAUACCUGUUAUAAGA